AUGCGGCAGAAAAGACGUUUGCCUCAGGAACCGAGUUUCAAAAGGCAGGCGAUGGAGGAUAGUUUCGUCUUUUCGGACGAAAAAUACUCGAAAGAUGUCCUGAAGCGAUUGAGUGGAUUGCAAAAACAGGGGAUUAUGUGCGAUGUUAGAAUCACAAUGGAAGGUGAAGAAUUUCAAGCCCACAAAAAUAUUCUGUCGGCAAGCUCAGACUACUUCUUCGCUAUGUUCAAUGGAAAUAUGAAGGAGAGUAAGCAGAGGGAGGUUACCAUCACCGGGGUUGAUAAAGACAGCAUGAAAAUGAUACUGGGAUUUAUUUAUACUGGCGAGAUUGUGUUAGACUGGAGCAAUGUAGAACCGAUCCUACAGGGCGCCAAUCUGAUGCUAGUGCAGUCUGUAAAAGAUGCUUGUGGGCGUUUCCUUGAAAGUCGACUCAACGUGAAAAACUGCCUUGGUAUUCAAACUUUAGCAGAAACCUACGCGUGUCCAAAAUUAUGGACAACUACGAACACUUUCAUCUAUCAGAAUUUCCUUCACGUGGCCGAGAGUGAAGAGUUUAUGAAUUUGGACGAGAAACAAAUCCAGACUUUAUUACAAAGUGACGAGAUCUCAGUGGAAAACGAGGAAAAAGUUUACGAAGCUCUUGUUGGUUGGAUAAACUACGAUUUGGAAAAUAGACGGCCGUUUUUUCCCUCAUUAAUGGAAGAUAUUCGCCUGCCUCUUGUUUCCCCGUACUAUUUAGUUGACGUGGUUGAGCACGAAGAACUCUUUAACACUUCUCCGAGAUGUAAAGAACUAUUGCUUGAAGCACAGCAUUAUCACUUGUUACCAGACCGUCGCCAGCAUCUCGACACCACUAGAACGAGACCGCGCAAUUACGAACGUUUUCACGAGAUUCUCAUUGCUAUGGGCGGCAAUGGAGACUAUCAUAAUCAAAGCACGGGUAGGUUCAAUUCUCGGGUAGGUUCAAUUCUCGCCUGUGGGCACAAUUAAGGCAGUGGUAAAAUUUUCUUAAUUCGAUAUGACUGUGUUUCGAAUUUCAAUUUUCUCUUUCCCUCCCCCUUUGGAAAAUUUUGUUCUUUGUAUAUUCACACGCAACGCGCGUCAGAUCUGGUCGAUUGGUCUAUCGUAUUUCAAGACCUUGAAGUCAGCAUUAGGGUUAAUGUGGACGCUCUCGUAAAAACUUGUUUUCGUAGUUGAGUUGAGUUUUUGAGCCGAGUUACAUGAGAUAUAAUUAAAAGAAAUUAAACGGAUUUUAUCUUUUUUUUCAAAUUGCACACAUAUGGAGAAUGCAUCGAAAUGUUUUCAACUCUUCUCUGUUUUAGUUUUCGGCUUCAACAUUGUAACCCAGGUAUGGUCCGACCUGCCACGGUUCACAAAGGAUCGCGGGUAUCAUGGCAUUGCAAGUUUUGGAGGACAGCUCUACGUGACUGGAGGUUAUUGUAACGUCAACUCUGAGACACUCGACAUAGGUGACUAACUAGCGCGUUUGACAAUUUUUUUGAUAGAACAGGUCCCCUGUGUAAGUCCUAUUCCUUGCGAAAUGAUUCAAAGAGUUGUGUACAUUCACUCUUGAGAAUUUGGCUUUCUUUCAGACCUAUACCUUAAAAAAGUGAUGCAAUGUUCUUUCAAGUGGUUACUUUUAUUUAAAAAAGGAAUCAGAGGGAAUUGUCCCUAGGACUUUCUUUUAUUGUUUCUCUAGCAAAGAAAACAACUUUUUUCCACUCAUUUUUACAAAAAUUAAUCAUAUCCAAUACAGUUUCCUCUACUGUGAUUGGUGCAUUAGCUGCGUUAUUCUUCACUACUCGUUCUGUACAUUUGUAGUCGGACAGUUCGCUGUAAUUGGACACCUGUAAUUGGACAAUUGAAGCAGCCAGUUCUACUUAUUCCUUUCAACCAAAUCCACCAAUCACAGAUUUGAUCACUAUAACCAUAACAACAACCAUUUAUCCUAAAAAAACUGUGGAGUUUCCAAAAUUGAGGAAUUUUUUACUUUAGACAUUGUCUCUACUAAGUAUAAAUGUAUUUGCUGUUUUCGGAAAUUGUAAUGCUUGUGAUUAAUUGGUAAAUCAUACUUGUGAUUGCCAACUGGGACUCACGCUUCGCGGUCGUCCGAUUUUUACGGACCGAAUUGGACUCCACUAGUUCCUAUUAGCAUUACUAAUUGUCUUCGCAACGACUUUUUAUUCUUAGCCCAGAGAUAUGAUGUACGACAGAAGGAGUGGCAUAACAUGCCCAACAUGUUGACAAGGAGAAGUAAACACGGCUCCGUGGAGGUAGAUGGUCAUGUAUACAUUGUUGGCGGCUAUGACGGUCAAAACACGCUCAACUCCAUAGAAUGUUUCAGUCUUCAAGCAGGAAGGUAAUAAUGUGUGGGUAUUAUGUGAGACAACACAGUAGAAAGAGGAACAAUAUUCAGUUAAGCGUUCAUAGUUAAGCGUCUGGGAUUUCAUUGAUUCGGUCACUGGUCUUAAAGGACGUACUGAACAAAAACUUUUAAGACUUAUUAUGAAUACUUCAUCACCUUCGCAGAGUCAGAACUCCUCACACAAGCUUUACCGGCUCGCAGACAUAGAGCCCGAAGCACUCUUUUUAAGUUGCCAAGUCAAAACGACUUCUGGAAUUAAGGAUAUGUUUUCCAACUUAAAGUAGCUUCUAUACUUUUCGUCUCGAAUCACUAUUAUGUCGCCUCAUCGGGAUAAGGGCAUAGGGGCCGAAACCUCUCGAGGACAAUAAAUUCGACGAUCCACUUAAUUCAUUAAUUUAGUAUCUUGUAUUUGUUAAAGAUGGCGCACCAAGUCUCCCAUGCCGACAAGAAGAAGAUGUGUCGCCGCGGUAGCUCACGGGAAGUCUAUUUACGUCAUUGGCGGCCAUGAUGGUUCCAGUAUUUUAAACACAGUCGAGUGCUAUGACACUACAAGGUAAAUAAUCCUGUUUUGAAAUGACUUCACUGCGAAUAUGCGUUCGGUAAAAGUAUUUCUCGUGGCUAAAACAAAAAUCAUUUCCACGAGAAAAGAGAAACGUAACUGAUGUAUCACAUGUGAAACAUGUAACUGCCGUGGCUUAGAGCGGGAAACAUGAAACCUUUACACGCAACCGCCGCACAAGUCAGGAAACCAAAAACAAUUAAAAGUCGCCCCAUUAGUUUAGUUUUGGCUUUUGAUGAGCUAAUAAUCAAGUUAAUUCCCCGUAAUUUUUAGUCAGUAAUACUUAUUACUCAUUGACAAAGUUCUGUUGCCUUGCUUGAAAGCGUAACAUAAAAAAAGAUCUUAGUCUUCUCAGGGGCCAUCAAUGGGAGCCUCUAUCUCCUAUAUUAAUAGACCAUGAUUGGUUUGUUAUCCCAGACAAGAUGACACAGAUUUCUGAAAUUCAAUGCGUUCCGAGUUCCACAGUAAUCGAGACACGUAGACUCGCGUUUGAUUGGCCCAACAACAGCGACAUCAAAUAUGCCACAGAAUAACUCUUUCUUCAAUCUCGAUAGGGAUUCUUGGAACUCCACAGAAGUUCAACCGAUGCACGACAGACGUUCUUUUCCAAGCGCGCUUGUCGUGGACGACGAAAUGUACGUGUUAGGCGGUUACGAUGGUAACGACACCCUCAGAUCGGUGGAAUGCUACAGUUUUACGACGCUUGAGUGGACUCAAGUGACUCCCAUGUGCACGCCCAGGUCCAACGCCGGAGCAUGCGUAUUUAACAACAAAAUUUAUCUCGUCGGGGGAUGGGACGGGAUUAGUUUGAACUCGGUAGAAUGCUUCGACACAGCUACCCAGGUGUGGCAGCGCAUGCCCUCCCUCCCCCGACCAACAACUGGUGUGCGAUGCUGUUUUUUAUCCUUCCAGUCUACGAGCGAACAAAAGCAACCCAAGAACAGAGGCAGCCGCGGCCAUAUGUGUAUUAUAUGCUAG